UUCUGCAUAGCACUGUAGAGCAGAGUGCUUGUGGUCUGUUGCCUCUGGACUCGAUUCUCUGAUGAGGGUUUAGAGAUUACCCAACAAUCUCUUUUUGUGCAUUAAUGUCUGCGCGCUUGGUGGUCUAGGUGGGUCUGGUAAACUGACAAGGCGAGUGAAAAGGAGUGGAAUUUUAAGAGCUGGAGUUAUACCUGCAAGCACGAGUAGCUGUUAGAGGUAUAGAGAAAUGGCAGGCCAAGAGGAAGUAAAACAUCUUGAGGAUUGCACGGUAUCCAAUGCUUUGGGUACGUGGGUAUUCUCGGUGGCAGGGGCUUUGCUAGCAAUUCCAGUGGGGAUAAAACGGAAAUCUUUCGGACCUCUUGUGUUUUUUGGCACAACUGGUACAAUGCUUGAUAUUAUUAUUGGAAUCAGUCAAUGUGAAAGAGAGCAUGCUGAACGUCAAAUGAAGCUAUUAGAGGCUCAAAGUUCUAAGGGCGAUGAAGCUUUUGCUGCGACUGAAUCUGAGUCUUGAUAGCACAAAUAUACCUUUUGCUUGACGUUUUGAUGUUCUCAUUUUCUUCGAUCUGAGUGAUCGUAAGGGCUAGUUUCUUUCGAAUAGCUCUUUGCUGGAUUGGUAGCUAUUCAUUUCAUGUAUUUUUGUUCUUCAUGCUGCACUUCCCCGACAUUAUCUUCUGAACUUAUUUAUGAUGUGGAAUCAAGUCAUUACAGUAUAAAGUCGUCUUUGCUAAUAAAAAUUCCAGUUUGUGAUUAAUAUCA